CUUCUCAGCCCGGGUUUUGAUGCUAGAUAGUAGAGGCGCAUUAAACCGUAUAUGUCACGUGCCAUGACCCGGCUAGACCUACAAUCCCUACCCAAAAAAAGUUCGUCAAGAAAUUUAUCCACAGAAGCUUCAGACCUUUAACCUUCAACGAACGACAACCUACACCACUUUAAGUCUCAUCCCGUAUGUAUACCUUCAAUUACUUCAAUCGUUUUUGAUUAUUCUCCGCUAUGCAAUUGAGUAUUCCAAUGAAUGCGCUAACAUAAUCACCGAACCAGAAUUCAUUUCGUUGAAUUUCCGUCUCUCGAUUUUCACCCCAACAUCGUCAAAAUGCAUCUCAUGUACACCCUCGACCCAGCCGGAAAGCGCGUCUACACCCUUAAGAAAGUUAUCAGUGGUGAGGUGACCAAGAGUGCGCAUCCGGCUAGAUUUUCGCCGGACGAUAAGUAUUCUAGACAUAGGGUUACGUUGAAGAAGAGAUAUGGUUUGUUGCUUGUGCAGCAGAGUGAGUUUCUUUUUUUCUUUCUUUAUUUUUGGUUUGGUUUUAAGAUUUGGGAAGGAGGAGGAAAGGGGGGAAGAUGCGAGAUGGAGAAUGGGAGAUGGGGAAGAUGUGUGAAUUUGGAAAAGCGAUGAUCUGAAAUAAAUUAAGUGUUUGCUAACACCUAUGCGCAAAUAGAGGAUCUCAAGGUUUUGGGCCAAUAAAUAUCUCCAUGGAUAAAAAAAAACGGAUUGCCUCUUCGACUAGCAGGGUUAGGAAAUGCAAGAUAGAUUGUGUGCACAAUUGCGCAAUGUUGUGCAUCAUCAAAUGUGUUGAGAGAGGUUGAAUAUCUAGCUGCGAUGAAAAGCAUCAGGCUAGUGGGUUGAAUGGAAUGUGCGGAGUAUACUGGCGUUCUGGACGAGGGAUUCUUACAUCAAUCGCGCUUUAGUGUAUUGCAAUUCGAGAAAGAUGGGAAAAGAAAAUUCGGCUUUUGGUAGUAGGGAGGGAGGAAUCGCAAUUACUUGCAAGCACUUCUUUGCUGCUUUAUAGGCAGAUUCUUUAUCUACUGGCGAAUUGAGGAAUAUCACAAUUUCAAAAGCAAGCUCAGAGUUUACAAAAG